GGUCAUCCCGCCUCAUAUAUACCAUUAAAAACGAAUUGUAAAUAUAUCAUCGAUAUAUCAAAAAAGCCCCUAGAUAAUAUUAAUAUCACUUGUCUUCAACAAAAACAAAUCGACCGUGUAUUCCCUAGCUACCCUUUGUGACUCGCAAAAAAAAACAACAACAAUGAAGUUCGCAAUCAGUUUGGUUUUAGCUUCGACGAUGCUCGUUUCAGUUCAAAGUGAUAAGCCCAGUUUGGCCUCCUUUCCAUGCGGGGCUGAUCCGAAAAAGACACUAGGAACGUGUGUGCUCAAAACCAAGGACACGAUUCCCAUCUACUAUUUUGCACCUGCCACUAUCAACAAUGAUAUGUUCACCUGCACGGGGGUGCUCGUCAAUAAGAAGAACCCGACUGAUCCAGCCUGUUGUCUUCCAGGCACUGGUCCAGCCAAGCCUCCCAAUGCACUUGGUGGCGACGCUACUUAUGGACCGACUGAUCCAAGUACCAUGGGAGUGGUCGAAACAGAAUACAAUAAGAACUGUACAGCUCCUGUCGCUAAGGAUCGCGGCAGCUCCUGAUGGGUCGGAAUCGACCCCGAUAAUUGUUGUUCGUUGCAGUCUCCCCAGCUGUCUUUUCUCGAGAUUUUUGGCAAAUCCCACCCGGAGUUUUACUAUUCCCUUUGUACAAAAAAAUACUGCUUCGUUUCUCAAGUCAUCAAUUUGUACAUCUGCCCAGAAAUGGACUUUCAUCAUCA